UUAGUCUUUGCCACAGACCUUCUUGUACGUCUUUCCCCUAAUUGAGAUGAGGAGUUCUUGCUACUUUAUAUGAACCUGGAUAUCAGUUUAUGCAGGAAAUCAUUGCUGUACAGUCAUGAUUACAUGCAAGAGUAAGCUGGCCAAUCAUGUUCUCACAUUGAUCAAGGCCUUCUAAAGGUUUAUUGGGGUCUGGAGAGCCAGACUAGAAUGUAGGCCUUUUACCGCCUUUUAAAUGAACUUCACCCUCAGAAGCAGUUCAGCCUUUGAGAGAUAAACAUCACUAAAUUCUGUGAUACAGAUCUACACGUGUACAUGCUUUCAUGAAUGAAGAGAAAUUGAUGAGCUUUGAUCAAGAUUGAGCAAGAGAAGAACAGAGUCAGAAGAAACUUUUUUUUCAUAAAAAGAAAAAAAAUUGAAAGACUGUUUUCUAUUUCAACAUUCACACAAAAACACUUAAACAUGGAAGAAAAACAGUCUCGGGAAGAGACCCUGAGAAACGGAAACAGUCAAGCACCGUCCACUUUGCCGUCCACAGGAGCGUCCAGCCUUGUCCCCAACGGUCAAGAACACUCGGAAAUGUCUCCAACAUCCAAGGAGUUCAGGGAAAGCAGCUUCGCAACCCGGAGAAAAUCUUCGCAGUUGCUGUCUCCGCUGCGACUUAAGCAGAGCCCCCAGGGUGUAGAUAUGAUUGACGGAGCGCAGAACAGGUCAGAGGUGGAAGAGGAAGGGGUUGAGCUGUUUAGUGUCUUCUUGGGGAACGAGCUCGAAAGGAAUGGGAUCCCGGAGACUCUCAUCAUCGAGAGAGCAGUGACAAGUGCGACAAUAGAAUCCAAACAAAAGGAGCCCGCAGUGAAUGUGUCUGCCUUCCAUUUUGACCAGCAUGUUGAGUCGACAAAGAUGAGCGCUAACGGCAACCUUACACCAUCAUUAAGGUUGUACAAGAAUCCAAAGUGGGCCAAAAGCGGUAGAGAUCUGAGGCUCCUGGCAGACCAGUUUGCCUCUUCGAGAGAGAGGGCUGGAGUUCGAGAAAAGGCUAGAGAGACAGUGGGUGACAGCGAGAUCUCGGCGGCCAUGUUCUGGGAUCUCCUCUCAGAGUUAUUCUUCCAGGGAACGAUCACCCGCGAGAGGAUCGUCGUCCUCUUUUGCUUCUGCAGCGAUGUCGCUAUCUUUGCCCUCCAGAGGAAUAGCAUUGACUACUUCCAUCGCUUCAUGGUGUGGGCCCUCCAGUACAUCCGAAGCAAAGUCUGCUCAUGGGUCGCUGAUAAUGGAGGAUGGGAGGCAGUUUUGUACCUCUCAGUCAAUUAUAUCACUCCUUUGGGGAAGAUUGCCAUUGCAUGUGCCCUUGCCUUUGCUGUCUACAAGCUCGGUAAGUUCACAUUCACCAGCAUCACCAAGCGAUAGCAGGGUCUCCAGGACACCAGCUGCUGACUAGCGAUGACUGGAGAUCAGCAAGGACGGACUGCCGGGUGGUUUAACGAUGGAACUGUUCGCUCUGUCAAGAAGAGUCCUUGGUCCCUUGAGCAAAUAACUUGAUGUUCAUGGUUGAUCUCAGGUGAAGUCCUGAAUUUAGGAUGUGGCACUUUAUUUUCUGGUCGCGGUCAAAGUUAUUUUUUACAAAAUGGCCUAUUCCAGGAGAUCAAAAUUGACUUGUCUGGCAAAUAUUAAAUCUUUCAGGGAUACUUACUUUCAGGCAAAAGCCCGAUCCAGGUCCUGACAAAUUUGUUCUCCCCAUAGUCAAAGCGGUUUCUAAAUAAGUUGGUCAUUCUGGGUGAUAUUCAGACCUUAUAAUCAGUUCCUGCAGAAAGCCAUGGUCUAUCAAGCCUAGGAUUCUGCAGAGGGUUUCUUAACACUACAUCAAAGGCUACAGAGGAAUGCACAGUGCAACCUCUUCUUGGAGGUUUUUUUUUUACACCUCUUGACUGAGUAGAUACAUGUCUAUCUACUUCCUUGAGCAUAUGUACAAAUCUGUGAAUGUACAUUACAUUUGUGUAAGGUGUGCCAGUCAUG